CACGGCUGGAGGAACCAACUCUACUUCUUGGACAGGAGUAGGUGCUACUGCGUCAUCUUCUGCACCUGCAGCCAAUGAACUCCAUCGUGUUCCGCAACAACAGAAUCGCAUGAAGCAUUCGGGACGUAAGUGUCCAGUCUGUAAGGAAUUGGUCUGCUUCGGUGAUCUACGCCCAGCGCGAUUUCAGUAUGUGACAGAUGCUAGCAAGAUCCGAACUUUCGUUCGCGUUUGUAAAGAUCCAGAGCGGCCAGGCGUCGUUUGCUUGGACCUGGAGCGCCUGGAAGACGAAAAAACGAUGAGAAUGCUACAAGAAAAGCAUGGGAGAAAUAAUAGUACAAUGCAAGAAGGGUCCGUAGCCACGGGCAGCAGCUCAGGAUCGGCGUCUACAUCGGGGACAUCUUCAAGUAAGAGCGCCUCGCCAUCAUACACAAGCAAAACAAAUACCUUCGCCUCAAAUUUGGGCCAUUUGCCAUUCAAUUUACCGCGGGAAGGCUUGACACCAGGAUGGCACAUGAGCAGAGUAGUUGUCGCUUCAGAAGCGAACCUGUUAAGGGAUCGGAAGAACGACUUGCUGGGCCUUCUAAAGCUUGCGCACGAAACAAAGCGUCCUGAGCGAUUUAGCGCUGACGCUGACACGGAGAUGCUUCCGUUUCUUGACUUCUUGAUUCAGCAGGAGUUGCGUGGUCUUUACUGUCCCACAAAAGAAGAGUUUCUGAGGCAAAAUACUAGACCAUGUAGUACUGUAGGUCUCGGUAACGAACAUUCUGCGACUGGCACUAACUCCACUUUAGCAAAAAAUGAACCGCCUCGCCGGAUGCAGCAGCUGUAUGAAGACAUUGUGUAUGAUAAAAAACUGCAUGAAGUACGGGUAGACUUCGAAAGCAACAUCGUCGCGCUCUACAAGGGAUAUAGAGAGAUCUAUAGCGCUACCUCUUCCGUAGCUGAAGAGGUGGCAGCGACGCAGGCGGAGAGGGCACACACUUCAUUACAACUAGGACGAGCUGAUGUGGACGCGGAAGAUACAGCGAUAGCUUAUGCAAGUAGCACUACGGCUGGGAAAACGGCGCUUAAUACACGUAAAUCUAGUACCGAAGAGGAUGAAUGGUUCGUCGCGCGAACGGAGCCCGAAGCGUCGAACAGUAGCUCGUCAGGUGCUUCGAGCAGUUCGGGGUCCCCAGUGAAGGUAGCUGUCGAUAAGAUGUCUGUGCUGGAAGACGCUCUCGCACACCCAAAUGGGUCGAAUAUUGACCGCGACAAUUUCUUUGUCUUCUACCAAUCCUGGGACUCUCAAGCAAUUUUCAUUAACCCGUUUUUGUUGAAUGUCCUGAGGCACGACAGGCAGCUACCUUUUGUGCUUGACGUUCGCGAUCCUAGCAAGUGCCUUCCCCCGCUCGGGAGCGGGCGCAGUAGCAGCAGUGACGGGCACCACGGGUUCCACGGUGUCCAGGGUCGCUUGUUUGGGCGUGAGAUGGACGCGAUUUCACCCGACAGCCGCAAGACCAAUGCGCUUUUUAAGCGCCUUCCACUGCGACUCGAGGUUUCAGUAGUUGAAUUUGAUAUAGCGCCUUUCGUGCAGUUUUCCACGCUUGAUCACUUCCGCGACGAGCUGUGGCGACGACAAGCGGAGAAGCAGAACAAGAAAAAGCGCCAGCGCGCGGACGAAAAAUGGGUUGCCAAUAGAGCGAAGCAUGCCGACGAAAAACUGAUGGAGGAGCUGAAAAAACAGAGUUGGCUCGGCGCCGGCGCGGGCAGUGGCGGCAAUUCGCACCUAAACUACUCUUUGCCGACUGCUGAGGAUUUCGGUCUCAGUCUGGCACUGAGCAAAAAGGUCGCUGCGCACGAGGCUCGCACUAAGAAAAAGAUUACCGAUGAAGAGCUCGCUUUGUUGGUCUCCGCACACGAGGAAGAGGAGCGCAUCGCAGCAGCGGAGGAGAGGAGUCAGCGACUAGCGAGCGAGCAAGCGGCUCAACGAGAACGAGAGGAACGGGCCAAGAAGGCUAUUGUCAAAGACGCCUGGGGAAGCGAUGACGAAGAUCAUGGAUAUUUAUCGACGUCACGAGGUGGGAGCCCUCCCGCCCGUGGAGGCACAGCUUUGAAGAACGGAUACGAUCGACUCAGCGCUGCUUUGUGCACUAGCUCAUCUAAAAACACUGGUCCACCAGUAAACAAAUGGGCUGGGGGUGGUACAAACAGCGGUAACGCCAAAGCCGCAGGCAAGAGUAGAACUGGAUCUUCUGAUACAGGGGACGCUGCGACCUCAACUCUAACUUUUGCCCAAAAAAUACAACAAAAAAAGCAAGCGGAAUUGCAGAAAAAGCGGGAGGACGAACAGAAGCAGCAGUAUUUUCCUAGUUUGGCAGAAUCACUGGGUGGCAUGGUCGCAGUCGGUCGGGGUGCAAAAAGCAAUUAUGUCUCGGAAGCACCCUUCCUUAUUUUCUGAAAUAACCGAAAUUGAAGAUUGAUGAGUACUUAUGAUCGUUAUCUUCUGUUUAUAUUUUGUUUUUGAAAAGCACCAGUGAUUAUGAUUUGUCGACACGAAAGGUAGAAGUAGAACUAGUAUCUUUUGCCUUACUGUCCUCUAAUCCUGAUCGGCCAAAAAACCAGUUUCUCGCAUGGCAAUUUUCGGUUCCGGUGACGAUAGCUCAACAAAAGACAAAAGUAGCAGUGGCGUAGAUGAUGGACAUAUUAACAAGACUAGUACAACUAGCGGGACCAGUACUUCAACAACGCCAGGAAAAGGCACGUCCUCGUCCUUGUCGUCGCUGGCUUGCAAAAAGAAUCUCCCACAGAGGCCGACCACAGCAUCAGCAAAUAGCAGCACUGGUGGUAGCUCUCCAGUGGUUGCGUCAUCAGCUCUGGUCCGGGAGCAGGUGCAGAAUGCAGACGCCUCGGCUUCGAGUUCCUCCCCAACAAUGGAAGCAACGAAUUCAUUACCAAUAGGAGCGGGUACAACUGAAGACGUCAACUCCACCAAAGAUACUCCUGCUUUUUGUUCUCCAAUUCGUCUACUUGGUGAAAACCCAAACAUAAAUGCGGACGAGACGGAAGCGGGAAGUGCUUCCCUUGCCACACCCACACCUCUACCACACGCGGGUUCUUCAGAGAUGAAUAUAGCUGGGGACUUUUCUUCGCACCCUACGUCGUCAGCGGCUGCGUCCGAAACGGCACAGCCGACAGCAACAGCUUCCACCGCUCCCACGCCUACCGAAUCCUCUAAUUCUAGAAAGAAAAAGAAGCCCCAAAAAAUCCGACUGUUUGGGUAGUACUGUUGAGGGGAAAAUGAAAUUCAAUAUCACACUUUUCACUUUCCUCCUGACGCUAUCUUCAACAUCCUUUUCCAAUAGAUGUCCGGUUAUCAUCUUCGCCAUUCGCGUAACCACUACAACAUAUUAGCUCCGAAUCCAAAUGAGAAGAUAAAAUUCCUGAGUCAUGACAACAUGCUGUGUCUGUGACCACUACAUAAGAAUGAAGAUGCAGAAGUUGCGUUCUCACUGCAAUUGCAAAUCGGUAUUUCUAAAAAAGAAUCCACGUUCAUCACAUGAACAAUUUAAGUAGCAGGAAUAAGAACCACUAAAAACCGCGAGCUGAUACUGACGAGGUUACUGUCAUGGAUGUGACGUGGAUGCUUACGUUGAGAACGAAAUAGAAGAUGAUGCAAUGUUGUUGUUGCUG